AUGGCCAAACCUUUUUUCAGACCACAGAAGUUUCUUCGAAGGACACAGUUUCUCCUUUUUUUCCUCACAGCAGCUUACCUGAUGGCAGGCAGUCUUUUGCUUCUGCAGCGCUCUCACUUGGUGCUCCAGCACAAUACUCGUGGGACUUCUGGAAACCAGCCCCUGCCCAUAGUCAUGUUAAGUGCUGGGAACACAGACAGCAGACUGGUGCAACAUUCUCAUUUAAGUCCAAAACUUCUGGUGAAUAUGGAAAUGCUUCAUGGGCCAACACCAGUCCCUAAGUAUGGCCCAAGGUGGUUGAUGUCCCGAAAUUCUGAAGUGAGACAAUUGCGAAGGAAGUGGUUUCUCAGGUUUACAAAUGAACAAGAGCCAAUGCAGGUGACAGGGAUGAGAGUGGCAAAACCGGCACCUGAAAACAGAGGCACUUAUAUUGGAUGCUUUGGUGAUGAUUCCAGAGAGAGGACUUUGAAAGGUGCAGUGUUUUAUGACUUGAGGAAAAUGACAGUUUCUCACUGCCAGGAAGCUUGUGCUGAGAGGGCAUAUACUUAUGCUGGCUUGGAGUAUGGAGCAGAAUGCUACUGUGGAAACAAGUUACCCUUGACUGUAGCAAAGCAGGAAGAGUGCAACAAUGAAUGCAAAGGAGAAAAGGGAACCAUCUGCGGUGGAGUGAACAGGCUCUCAGUUUUCCGUGUGGAGGAACUGUGGGCUGGACCCAAACGACGGCAAAAUAGUAUCUAUCGAGGAUGCUUUCAAGUGCCAGAAAAUUUAACAAACACCUUGCCAGCUACUUUAAUACACUUCAAUUUGACGGUGGAGAUGUGCUCUGAAUUUUGCUCCAAGAAAGAAUUUCCCCUGGCUGUCAUCAGAGGAUCUCAUUGCCACUGUGGCUUCCCCACAAUUCAGUUUCCAUUACACAACAGCUCAGACAGGUCCCUCUGCAGAAGGCUACAGAAUAUAAGUGGCAUAGCUGAAAUGCCAAGGGUGAAGGACUACUGUCUUGUUUAUCAAACUCCAGUCCAAGACACUCGAUGCACUGACCGGAAGUUUCUCCCUACGAAAUCCAAAGUGUUUGUCGCUCUGUCAAGCUUCCCCGGAGCUGGAAACACCUGGGCACGUCAUCUAAUAGAACACGCUACAGGAUUCUACACAGGAAGCUACUACUUUGAUGGGACUCUGUACAAUAAAGGUUUUAAAGGUGAAAAAGAUCACUGGAGAAGUAGGAGGACUGUUUGUGUCAAAACACAUGAGAGUGGCAGAAAGGAAAUUGAAAUGUUUGAUUCAGCCAUCUUGUUGAUACGGAAUCCCUACAAAUCACUUGUGGCAGAAUUUAAUCGGAAAUGUGCUGGCCACCUUGGAUAUGCUACAGACCGGAACUGGAAAAGCAAAGAAUGGCCAGAUUUCGUAAACAGCUAUGCCUCAUGGUGGGCUUCUCACGUCCUUGACUGGUUGAAAUAUGGGAAACAUCUCCUUGUCAUUCACUAUGAAGACUUGAAAGAGAGCCUUUUGCCCCAGCUCAAAAAAAUGGUGGGAUUUCUGAACAUCAGCGUGUCUGAGGACCGGCUGCUCUGUGUGGAAAACAACCGUGAUGGGAAUUUCAAGAGGUCAGGGGCCAAUCAGAAGAGAUUUGAACCAUUCACAAAGGAAAUGAAAGACUUGAUCAAUAAAUAUAUUGUGAUUGUGGACAAAGCUCUAAGAGACAGAAACUUUACUGGGCUGCCAAAAGAAUAUUUGCCCAGAUGA